UUUCUCGCGAGACUUUGCCACAAAAGACAUGGAGACGCGACCUGGCUGAAUUUUUUAGUUCCCGUCGCUGGGAGAGGACAGCAUCGCCCUGCAGAAAACGCACUUGCUGCGAGCUCAGAAGCUUUUUAAAGAGGUUUAAUAAGAGUUGCUCCUUGUGUGAAUGUGGAGUCCUGUGCUCCAGAGCAGCGGCUCGGUGUGAGCAGGGGCGGCGCUUUCUCUCAGAGGAAAGAAAAAGCUUUCAUAUGAGGACAGAGAGAGCAGACUCAGGAAAUAAGUGGACUGCAUGCAUGAGUCCGUGUUCACUGCUCGAGGAUUCACCAGCGAUUAAAAGCCGUACAUUGUGCACUCGCUUUCCUCCAAGCGUCACCGGGAUGAAGUGAUCCACGAGCAGCCGGCCAGCGAUCCUCUCCUCCCGGGCUGGAUGAGCGCCAGCGGGUCGGUCCAGACUCGGGACGAAUGCAAGGGAAUAAUUUGAGCUCUGCGGAUCUCGUCAAACACGAUGCGCGGACGGACCGUGGAUCAAACCGACCCCUUCAUCACGAUCACCGCCGCGAGUUCCCGUAACGCAGAGCCGCUGGGGGCGACGGGACAAGAGGUGAAGGUGUAGCUGACUGACUCCUAGAUGUCCCGCCUCCCUCCAGGUGACACCGAGGCACACGAACACUCUGACCUCCACCUGUGUCCACCGACAUGGAUAAACUCACCGUGAUCUCAGGAUGCCUCUUCCUCGCUGCGGACAUCUUCGCCAUCGCCAGCAUCGCCAACCCGGACUGGAUCAGCACCGGAGACUCAGCUGGCUCUCUGACUGUCGGCCUGGUGCAGCAGUGUCAGACCAUCCAUGGCCGGGACCGCAUCUGCAUCCCCCCGCAGCUGCCCCCGGAGUGGAUCACCACGCUCUUCUUCAUCAUCCUGGGCAUCAUCUCCCUCACCGUCACCUGCGGCCUACUGGUGAUGUCCCGCUGGCGCCGAGAGGCCGCCCGGUACGCCCGUUGGAUCGCCUUCACCGGGAUGGUCCUCUUCUGUAUGGCCGCCCUCAUCUUCCCAAUCGGCUUCUACAUCAACGAGGUCGGUGGACAGCCGUAUAAGCUCCCCAACAACACCGUGGUGGGCUCCUCCUACGUACUCUUUGUCCUCUCCAUAUUCUUCACCAUAGUGGGGCUGCUGUUUGCUGGGAAGGUAUGUUUGCCUGGCUGACGCGCCCUGCUCCUCUUUUUGCAUCUUUGGAGAGGCGCCGUAUCACAGGAGAACAACAAAAAAAAAUCGAGAAGCACCUGUUUGUGUUGGGAUGAAUCGUUACGAUGCCCCGGGAAUCAUUGCGCUCCACCCUGUUCCCGUCUGGUUGUUCGGCAGACAGAUGUGCAGAUUGCUCUCAAACACCCCUCAUCGCCGUCUGUCCUGAACGAUGAAUGUGAAGAGAUAAACAGACGGGAGAAUGUGAAAAUAAGGACAUGAUGGAAGUGGAUAAAAACAUCAGGAUUUCAAGGGAGCCUGGCGGAUGACGUCACUCUUCCUCAGCCCAUCCACCAAGUCACCAAGAUCGACCGAUGUCAGGCCUGAAUCUGGGCAAAGCACCAAAUAUCGGCCAGUCGCCUCCAACAGGGUCGAGGUUCUACAUGGGGAAAAAAAAGCAAUCUGUAAUAUAUUUACAACGAAGUUUCACUUUCUUGGCACAUUUUAUUUAUUUGUUGAAUGGUUCAGUUCUGUUUUUUUGUAAAGGUGUUUUGUAUUUAAAAGGCCUAAUGUAUCCCCAAGUUUCCCGGCCAUUAAUAUAUGCGGUGGAUCACUUUGCCUUAAUGAGCUGUUAACCUUAAAAACAACGAUAACAUCGCUGUGUUUCGUGGGAGCACUUCUAGAGCUCUAGAUACAUGAAACGAUUUUAGCAUAAAAAUGUCAAAACCAGAAUGUAAAUCGGGGGGGAAAUGAGUCAAACUCUUCUCUGAGUCGUUACGGGGAGUGUAAAGUUGGAUCUUUUAUAUCUCUAGUGAUGUAGUGAAUGUAUUAUCCGCCCUUUUUGAGUGUUUCCUGUUGGUUCGACACUGUAUCAAGACAAGAAUGGAUCCGUGACUAGUUUGUUUUAUAUAUUUGUAACGCAGGUUGUGUCAUUUCCUAGAAGCACUGUGAUGUUCUUGAAUGAGCAUGGAGGAUCCCAUCACAUUAAAAAAAAAUGACUCACUGGA